AUGGCUGCCCCUCCUGCCAAAAGGCAGCGUAAGCUGGUCGUUUUAUCGUCGUCCGACAACGACGAAGAGACGCUCUCGUUCGACCACAGCAGAAGCCCAACCGCCACUAGUUCUGCGGAAUUGACCAAUUCCAGAUCUCGUCGCCAGCAAUCGUCGCCGACGAAAUCGCCGGCGAAAACACGCGCUCGUACGCAGAAAUCAGCUUCAGCUUCAACUACUACGAUGAAGAAGAGGAAAGAGAGGACGAAUACAGUAGAGACAUCACCGCGAUCACUGCAUAGAUUUUUCCAACCGGCUACGGAGGAGCAACGGUGGUCAUCGAACCGGCCUGCCGCUGCCGUUGCCGCGCAAAAACAAAAGCUAGAGGUGGACGAUGCGGAAGAAAUUGAGGAUGAUCUGAUUGAAGAUGAUUACGGCUCUUUCGAUGAGAUUUUUGAGCAGUUCAAAGUCAAGGAGAAAACUAGCACUGUGAAGAUAUCCGAGCAACAGAAGGCGAAGGUGUCGCUAAAGAAUGGUGGUGUUGGACGCUCUUCGCGGCCACAGAGGAGGUUUAUUCUGGAUGGUGAUGAGCAAAAGAAGGGUGCAGCCUCUGGGAAUGUUGGACGGAAGGAACUCGGUCAGAUUGAUAGUAGGCCCUGGCCGGAGAGAUAUGCGCCUGUAGAUAUUCAGGAGUUGGCAGUCCAUAAGAGGAAGGUAGCUGAUGUGCAUGGUUGGUUAUCAGCUGCCUUCUCCAGCGAAAAUAAGCAUAAGAUUCUUGUUCUACAUGGCCCUGCGGGAUGUGGGAAGACAACAACCAUUUCGCUAUUAUCGCAGGCUCUAGGCUUCUCGAUUGUGGAAUGGAAAAAUCCAGUCGACACAGAGGGUGCGGAUGGGAAGUACACUUCCCUAAACGCGCAGUUCGAUGAGUUUCUCAACCGGAGUGGUGGCUUUGGCAGCCUCGACUUAAGUGGUUCUCCCACCAUAGAGCCAACGCAAGGGUCAAUGCCAAAUCGGAUUGUGUUAAUAGAAGAAUUUCCAAGUAGUAUGUCUUGGGGAUCCUCUGCACUUACUCCCUUUCGGACUUCGUUGCGUCGGUACCUGGCAUCACAGAGCAAGCUUGGUGAUUACAACUCAGCUGACGCUACACCUCCGGUUGUGAUAAUCAUCUCAGAGACCAGGCUUGCUACGAACGCUUCGAUAUCCGAUAAUCUUACCAUGCACAGAUUACUUGGACCGGAAAUAUACACCAACCCAGGCACCAGCACCAUCGAGUUCAACCCUGUGGCACCUACUUUUAUGCGCAAAGCGCUUGAUCUUGUUCUCAAAAAGGAAGCUCGGCAUUCCAUGCGAAAGAGAAUACCAGGACCAUGUGUUCUCAAGAAAUUCUCUGAACUGGGCGAUAUCCGUAGCGCCAUAUCUUCCUUGGAGUUCUUCUGCUUGCGAGGAGAUGAAAACGGUGGCGAUUGGGGAGGGCGAGUCGCUGCGAAAGCGAAAAGUUCGAGUCGAGCAGGCGAUGCUCCGCUCACCCUUAUGGAGAAGGAGUCGCUUGAAAUAAUUACGCAGCGAGAAGCGAGUCUGGGCUUAUUUCAUGCCGUCGGUAAGGUGGUUUAUAAUAAAAGAGAAGAUGCGAGCCUUCAGGAACAACCUGACUUUGUCGCACCUCCGCCGCAUCUGCAACACCUGGAGCGUCGGAAAGUCUCGUUGGUUUCGGUGGAAGAUUUGAUGAAUGAAACUAGCACCGAUGUCCAGACUUUUGCUGCCGCCUUGCAUGAAAAUUACCCUCCGUCUUGUGAUGGGCCAUCCUUCACAGACUCUCUUAAUGCUUGUAUAGAAAAUCUCUCGGACAGUGAUAUCCUAGGCUCGGAAUCGAGGCCUCUUCUGUCUAGUAGCAGGAUGGGCGUGGGUAUGGCGCGGAGCCAUCUUCAAGGAUACGGGGCCAGUGUCGACCGUUUGCGACAGGACGAAAUCAGUUUCCAUAUUGCUGUGAGGGGGCUUUUGUUUUCUCUGCCUCAUCCCGUUCGAAGACGAGUCGAACAAGGCGCUUCCGGGAAACGGAUUAGCGAUGCGUACAAAAUGUACUUUCCGACCUCCCAGCGGCUAUGGAAGGAUAUUGAAGAAAUGGACGGUCUUAUUGGUAUAUGGGAGCGGCACUUUCUGGACCCUACCAAUAUCCAAUCGGGGUCGAAUACUCGAUCGGCUGGCGUCGAGUCGUGGAAAUUCAACCAGAUGAACGUGACGUCGGCUGCAAGGGGUUUUGAAACCAACCAGCAUUCUGAGCCGAUAAGGUCAAUGGUGUCUCGGGAAGAAGUCUUGCUUCACCAGCUCCCAUACUUGUCAAUGAUAUGCAGCAGGGCCUCGCAGACGCGAGGCUUGGAUAGGAAGAGUCUGGGCAGGAUUACGCAGUUUCAAGGCAUUCGUGGUCCAAGCGACGAUAUCCCCGAGGAUCUAAAUGACAGUGAGAUGAACGCUGUCAAUGACUGGUCUACAGACCCCAUGCCGUCUACGCGUAGGGCUGGUCGCCCUGGUUUUAGAAGCUCGAAGACAACCACAGAUAAUAGUCCAGAGAUUCAGGAAGCUGUCGAGAACUUGCUUCUGAGCGAUGAUGAAAUUGAGGAUUAG